UUGGGAAAGGACCGGGCUGAGAGGUGGAGGCGAGGACCCGCAGGAGAAGAAGCACCUGCUGCGGGCGCUCCCCCUCCCGCCGCUGGAGCCUUGAGAGGCCCCAGACUGUUCUCAGAACAAGAAGCAACCUGCAGGUCCUCUCGUGUGCUCGGCACAGGCACAGAGAUCCUUCUCGAGGGACCCUCCCCAGGCUCGGCCAGGGCGCUGCCCGGUCCCCUGAGCCCCAGCGGAGCCUCUGCGCCACCUCUCACCAGCCUUCCUCCGCCGCCCGCCCGCGGGAAACACUCAGGAAGACCCUGACCCCGCGAGGCUGGUCCCGCCCUGCUCUCCUCUCCCCUGCCGUCUCCUCCAGCCUCUUUGCGGCGCCCGUGGGCCUGAGGGGCUCCAGCAGCUGCUGCCGCCCAGCCGAGCGAUGGAGAGAUGGACGCGGGCGGAACGAAGAGGUCCUGAAACUGGGACGGGCCCGGGGACAGGACCGAGGACCAGUGGAAGCCUGUGUCAGGACAGAGAGGCAGAGCAGGGGGGCUCCGUGUUGGAACUGAGGCUGCUUCUCUUAGGGAAACGUGGCUCAGGGAAAAGUGCCACAGGAAACACUAUUCUGGGCAAAUACGUGUUUAACUCAAAAUUCAGUGAUCAGAUGGUGACUAAAACGUGCCAGAGGGAGAGGGGGGCCACGCAGGGGAGGGAGGUUGUGGUCAUCGACACCCCCGACCUUUUCUCCUCAAUGGCUUGUGACAAUGACAAGCAACGCAACACUGAGCGCUGCUUGGAGCUCUCCGCUCCCAGCCUCCACGCCCUGCUUCUGGUAAUUCCCAUCGGCCAUUAUAAGGUGGAGGACAGAAAGACAGUCCAGGGCAUCCAGGAGGUGUUUGGACCCGAAGCCCGGAGGCACGUCAUUAUCGUCUUCACUCGGAAGGACGAUUUGCAGGAUGACUCGCUGAAAAAUUACAUUGAGAAUGACAGGUCUCUUAGAGAGAUGGUUCAACACUUUGGUGGCCGAUACUGUGCCUUCAACAACAAGGCACGUGAGGGUGAGUGCGAUGCCCAGGUGAAGGGGCUCCUCUACAAAGUCAAGUGUUUGGUGGAUGAGAACCAAGGACCCUACUACGUGACCUUGAGAAACGAAGGCAGUGGAUUCCAGGAUUGUGUGAAUGACGCUACAGCUCAGAAGGAGGACCAUCCACCUGGGCCGGGGGAGGAGCCGCAGAGGGCCGCAGGAUGGGAGCAGAACCCUGGGCCGUGGGCCCUGAAGGUCCUGCUCGUGGGGAAGCGCGGUGUUGGAAAAAGCACAGCCGGAAACAGCCUUCUGGGGAGGUGGGUCUUUGAGACCCGCUAUAGUGAAGAGUCAGUGACCCAGACGUUUAAGUCUGAGAGCAGAAUCUGGCGAGGGAGGAAAGUCUGCGUUAUUGAUACCCCAGACUUCUCCUCUCCAAAGGCCGUUGCGCGAGACCUGUUGAGCAACACCUUUCCAGGUCCCCAUGUCUUCCUGCUGGUGAUCCCCCUGGGCUCUUUCAAUGAGAAAGAUGAGGCCGUGCUGAACACCCUCCGAAGAAUGUUUGGAGACAAAUUCGUAAACCACGUGAUCAUCCUCCUCACCAGGAAAGAAGAUCUAGGGAAUCAGGAUUUAGAGACAUACUUAAAAAUCAGGGCUAAAACCCUCUACCAGUACAUCCAGGAGUGUAAAAACCGAUACAGCAUCUUCAACUACAGAGCAGCAGGGGAAGAGCAGCAACGGCAGGUGGACGGGAUCCUGCAAGACAUUGUGAGCCUGGUGCAGCAGAAUGGGGACCGGCCUUGCACCUUCACAGGGAAAGAGUGCCUGUGCAUUAUCCUCACGGGAAGGAGUGGGACGGGGAAGAGCGCCAGCGGGAACACCAUCCUCGGGAGGCAGGAGUUCCGGUCUCAGCUGAGAGCGCAGCCCGUCACCAAGACGUGCCAGAAGAGCAAGACCACGUGGGAGGGGCAGGACGUUGAGGUCGUGGACACGCCCUCCUUCUGCCUGGCCUCGGGGACUGAGGGAGGGCCAGCCCAGCAAGCGGAGGAGGUCAAAAGAUGUAAGGCCUACUAUAAAGAAGGGAGUACGGUCCUGGUCCUGGUUUUGCAGCUGGGGCGGAUCACUCAAGAGGACAGAAAGGCCGUGGCGGGGCUCGAGGCCAUCUUUGGAGCAGAAGCUAUGCAAUGCCUGAUGGUGCUCUUCACCCGGAGAGAAGACCUCGGGGCUGAGGAGCUCGAAGAUUAUGUCAAAAACACAGAGAACAAGUAUCUCCGGAACAUAAUGGAAAAAUGCAAGGGGGAAUAUUGCGCUUUUAAUAACAAGGAAACUGGCCAGGCCAGGGAAGAACAGGCGAGAGUCCUGUUGACAAAGGCCAGUAAACUCAUCAAGUGCCAUGGAGGGUACAAAUAUCCUCCUGUGUGGGAGACUGUAGGCAAUGCAUUUAAAAUGCUUCGUGGGAAGUAUUUCAGCCCCGCAAACUACUGAAUAAUUUAAAAGAUGAGUUACGAUAGGAAGUGGAAAUACCUGGGGUCUCUUGAAGUUAAAGAUACGCUCAGGCUGCAGGCGUGGGGGGCAUGGGAGGACUGGAGGACUGCUGGACUAGGAAGACGGCCCAUGACUUUGGGGACUUGAGAGGUCCACGCAUUUCACCUUAUGAUGUUUCAGCGCUUGGGAGGUAAAGAAAUGAUCAGGCUGGGGCCGGUAGCAGGAGCUGAUAAAGGAGAAAGAAAAAAUAAGGUGGGCUGUACAGUGGGAAAAUUAAAAAUAAUAAUAAGGUGGGGAAAUCUGGAAAAAAAGCUUCUGAGAUGAGGCUGGUAUUAAGUUUCAGAGCCAAGUCACAAGAGUCACCUCACCUGUGUAGGUAGAGUGAAAUCGGGAGAGACACUGGGACCAAGGACAAGGCCAACCUAGUGUCAGAAUACAGAUAAUCACACAAGAACCAGGGGACUCAAAUGCAUGAGAGUAGGACAGUGUGCAGCCAACUCCUGAGCAUGGUAGAGACGAGACACUGGACUCAUGUGGGCUCUCUGUUGCCCAGCCCUGCUUGCCCGAUGCCCUGAGCGCCCCCACCCCAACCCCAUCGCCACUGGGACAGGACUCAGGACUUUCCUUUCCUCACAUGGAAGCCAGUCCUUCCUUCCUCGUACCAAGCUUGAGUGGAAAGGGGGGCCCAGUCUGCCCUCCUUUGCUGUCCCUGCAGGGAGUUGGGGAAGUUUCAAAAGACUUUAUUGCUAAUCAUUCACAGUGAAAUAGACUAGAACCAUAAUGAGAAGCAUGGUAAAAUUGCCAAGAUUGGACAGUCUUGAAAAGUUUAAAAUUCUAAGUAAAAUUCUAGAUUUCCUCUAGAAAAGGUUAUUGAAAACUUCUCUCUCUCUGUCUUGUCCAUGAGGCUUAGGAAUAGGUUAAGGCUGAAAGCACUUGAAUAAUAAUGGCUUAAACACAUUAGGGGUUUACUGUGUCUCACAUUAAGAAGUCCAGGAGUAGGCCGUCUGGGACCAGUGUAGCACUGACCUUCCCGCUUCUUUCUGCCUCUCUGCCCCCACUCAUCAGUGUGCAGCCUCUGCACUUAAAGAUGCUCCUUGAUUCCGAGAUGGUGAUGUCCUAGUCACGGCUGAGCAGGUUACAUGGAGAGCUGCCUCCUGCCGGUGAUACACAAGAUGAGAACUCCAGAAUUUUCUCCCAGCUGGAUGUCAGAUUUUUUUUUUUGUCUUUUUUGUCUUUUCUAGGGCCACACCCAUGGCACAUGGAGGUUCC